AUGGCAUACGCUAAGACAAAGGUGCUCACGCUUUACAGAUCGCUGCUCAGAAACUCGUACAAGUUCGACCACUACAACUUCCGCGAGUACUUCCUCAGGCAGACCCGCAGCGAGUUCAGAAAGCACAGGCAGGUCCCGGACAACGAGGCGCUCGUCGAGGACGCGUUGAAGAACCUCGCCGUCUUGAAAAGACAGGCCACCAUCAACAAGAUGUACCACUUCGACAAGCUAGUGGUUGAAAAGCUGGACAAACACCAUUUGGAGUGA